AUGCUGUUCAUGACUGAAAAGAAUGUGGAUGUGGCCCUGGUCCAAGAGCCCUGGCUUGCAAAGGACAGGGUUCGAGGACUAAGGACCAAGGAGUAUACCCUGCUACAUUCUCAGACUGCAGGUAAGAAAAGAGCGUGUAUAGUGGCAAAGAGAUCCCUAAAACUCACACUACUAACACAAUAUAGCACAAAUGACCUGACCGUGGCGACCUGCGAGAGCCAGGGGAACAUGAAGCUUCUUCUGGCUUCUGCAUACAUGCCAUAUGAUGAGGCUGAACCACCACCAGAGGCCGUCCAAAACCUGGUAUUGGUAGCCAGGAAGCAGGGCAGACAACUGGUGAUAGGAUGCGAUGCCAAUGGACACCACAUCCAAUGGGGAAGCAAGGAUAUAAAUGAGAGAGGUGAGUCAAUAAUGGAUUUUAUUCUUACAAAUAACCUGACUGUUUGCAAUAGAGGCAAUAUGCCGACGUUUGUGAACAAGGUUAGGGAAAAGGUGAUAGAUCUGACCUUGACCACAGGCGAGGAGGGGUUGAUAGUUGAGGACUGGAGGGUCUCCUUAAAACGAUCCAUCUCGGAUCAUAGGAGAAUUUUAUUUAGAAUAAACCGCGCGGCCCCAACUAGCAAGCCCUUUAGGAACCCCAAAAGAACGAACUGGGAAAUGUUUAGCGAACUCGUGGAGGGGUACGGGAAUGGGGGACCAGAGUUCCAAAUGUCAAAGUACCCAUCUAUCGAGGGAAUAGAAGCUCUAGUUAAUGAACUAGAAGUUGCACUAAUAAAGGCUUUCAAAAAAUCCUGCCUUGUUAGCCGCUCACGCAAAGCCACCAAACCCUGGUGGAAUGGCGAGCUUAGGCAACUAAGGACGGAAACAAGGAAGCUCUACAACAAUGCAAAAAGGGAUAAGACAAAAGAGAGCUGGGAUAUAUAUAAGACCAGCUUUAAUGAGUUUAAGUAUAAGAUAAGAGAAGCAAAGUGGGAAUCGUUUAAGGAGUUCAGCGAAUCCCUUAUGGAUACCAGCGAGGCCGCAAGGUUCAGAAAGGUGUUAUCAAAGGAUCCAGCGAUCCCAAGUAACAUCAUGAAACCGGAUGGCUCGUGGACUGAGUCCAACAACGAGACCCUGGAACUUCUUAUGAACACCCACUUUCCUGGGUGCGGGAACAUUGAUUACAAUGAUGUAAGAAAGGAUGAUUUCCACAGACGGGGGGAUUUGAUGACCCCUGCGGAGAGAGAAACGAGGGCGAAAAUGAUCGUCACAGAGGAGAGAGUAUUAUGGGCGGUGCAUUCCUUUGACCCAUACAAAUCUGCGGGCCCGGAUGGGAUACUACCCAUUAUGCUACAAAAAUCUCUGAACAGCAUUAUUGGGAUGCUUCGUGGAAUGUCUUGCAUUAGGCUACAUACCGAGAAGAUGGAGAGAGGUAAGGGUGGCGUUCAUAACUAA